AGGGGCGCGGGGCGUGGAGGGCGUGGGCCGGGGGCGGGGCGAGCCCCGCAGACUGGGUGCUCGGGAGCUGUCAGUGUCAGGCUCGGGAGAGAGAGGAAGUGAUCGCUCCCGGAGGAGCGCGAGCCGAGCGGCCGGCGCAGCGUGAGACAGCACAUCCUGCCCGCGCCGGGCCCGCCGCCCUACGGUCGGCCCGCGCCGCCGCAGCCCGGGAGCCGCCUCCGCGCUCCGGAGCCCAGUGCCGCCGCUGCAGAGCGCAUCCAGGAAACCAACAUGUCUGACAAAAGUGACUUAAAAGCUGAGCUUGAGCGCAAAAAGCAGCGCUUAGCACAGAUAAGAGAAGAGAAGAAACGGAAAGAAGAGGAGAGGAAAAAGAAAGAGGCAGAUCUGCAGCAGAAGAAAGAACCUGUUCAAGAUGACUCUGAUCUGGAUCGAAAACGACGGGAGACGGAGGCUUUGCUCCAAAGCAUUGGUAUUUCGCCGGAGCCCCCUCUAGUCCCAACCCCUAUGUCUCCCUCCUCGAAAUCAGUGAGCACCCCCAGUGAAGCUGGAAGCCAAGACUCAGGCGACCUGGGGCCACUAACAAGRAGAAGACUGCAUAAGCUGGGCGUGUCGAAGGUCACCCAGGUGGAUUUCCUGCCCAGGGAAGUAGUGUCCUACUCCAAGGAGACGCAGACCCCUCUUGCCACACAUCAGUCUGAAGAGGAUGAGGAAGAUGAGGAAAUGGUGGAACCCAAAGUUGGCCAUGAUUCAGAGCUGGAAAAUCAAGACAAAAAGCAGGAAGUGAAGGAAGCCCCUCCAAGGGAGCUGACAGAGGAAGAAAAGCAGCAGAUCCUGCAUUCAGAGGAAUUCCUCAUCUUUUUUGAUCGAACAAUACGGGUCAUUGAAAGAGCCUUGGCUGAAGACUCUGACAUCUUUUUUGACUACAGUGGUCGAGAGUUAGAAGAAAAAGAUGGGGAUGUUCAGGCUGGAGCCAAUCUAUCUUUUAAUCGUCAGUUCUACGAUGAGCAUUGGUCCAAGCAUCGAGUGGUCACUUGUAUGGACUGGUCUCUUCAGUACCCUGAGCUGAUGGUCGCUUCUUACAACAAUAAUGAAGAUGCUCCCCAUGAACCAGAUGGAGUGGCCUUGGUUUGGAACAUGAAGUUUAAGAAAACCACACCAGAAUAUGUCUUCCACUGUCAGUCCUCUGUCAUGUCGGUCUGCUUCGCCCGUUUCCAUCCUAAUUUGGUGGUUGGUGGGACUUAUUCGGGCCAGAUUGUUCUCUGGGACAAUCGCAGCCAUCGAAGGACGCCUGUGCAGCGGACACCUUUGUCAGCUGCAGCACACACGCAUCCCGUGUACUGUGUAAAUGUCGUUGGCACCCAGAAUGCUCAUAACCUCAUCACUGUCUCCACCGACGGUAAGAUGUGUUCCUGGAGCCUCGACAUGCUCUCAACUCCGCAGGAGAGCAUGGAGCUGGUGUACAACAAGUCCAAGCCCGUCGCUGUUACUGGAAUGGCUUUCCCGACGGGAGACGUCAAUAACUUCGUGGUUGGCAGUGAGGAGGGUACAGUCUACACGGCUUGUCGUCAUGGAAGUAAAGCAGGCAUCGGUGAGGUCUUCGAAGGACACCAAGGGCCAGUGACAGGAAUUAACUGCCACAUGGCAGUGGGCCCAAUAGACUUUUCUCACCUGUUUGUCACGUCAUCAUUUGACUGGACUGUCAAACUGUGGACCACAAAGCACAACAAGCCGCUCUACUCCUUUGAAGACAAUGCAGACUAUGUGUACGAUGUCAUGUGGUCCCCCGUGCAUCCCGCGCUCUUUGCCUGCGUGGACGGGAUGGGGCGCUUGGACCUCUGGAACCUCAACAAUGACACCGAGGUUCCAACAGCAAGUGUGGCCAUUGAAGGGGCAUCUGCCCUGAACCGAGUCCGUUGGGCUCAAGGUGGCAAAGAAGUUGCCGUUGGGGACUCAGAAGGCCGUAUUUGGAUCUACGACGUGGGAGAGCUGGCAGUUCCCCACAAUGAUGAAUGGACGAGAUUCGCCAGGACCCUGGUGGAGAUUCGCGCUAACAGAGCUGAUAGCGAGGAGGAAGGCGCUGUUGAGUUAUCUGCCUAAUGGGUUUGAGCCGGCUUCAGCGCAUCCGUUUCCCCUGCUAGAGAGUUCAGCAUCUGCAGUCAAGCCCAUUGUACUGUAUCCGUGUCCAUUCAGUAUCAGUAUUGCUGUGAUAUUUUGGGUGCCAUAUUGUGCCAGCUUUGCUCCAAGUAUUCCAAAUGUAUCCCACCAUGAUUUCCACUGACCUGAAAUUCACCAGAGCAUUUCUACCUUUAUAUUUCUGUCUCAAAAAUGAAGGGGGUGAGGGAUCUUUACGGGUUUAGUUGUUGCCUUUUAACUACUUAGUAGCUGUAUUUAAUAGCUGGAAACCUCUGGUUAAAUUUGUGCUUACAUGCACUUCUGGCAUAGUCCUAUUAAAUCCAUAUGAAGCCAGAUAUGAUUGGGUGCAGAUGUGGUGUGCCUCAUGAUAUGGUACAGGGCCAAAGACUUGAGAUGUGGUGUUUUACAUGGUGACUCACAUUAUGAAUGGAUUUACUAGAAGAACAUUGCUGCUCCUUAUUUAUUGUAGUGUGCUGCAUGGAACAUAUUUAUUUGAAAGCAUUAAAAUAAACGAUCCUAGAGCAUGUGCAUAAUGAGAGGACUGUAUUCUCUCUGCUGCUGUUGAGGUUACAUUAAGUUCCAAAUAACAAUUACAGUAUGCCAGUUCCACUGAAAACACGAAGUCUUUAGAGGUUUGUUGUAGUGAACGGAAUGGAUUUUAAUGCCUAUUAUUUCUAGGUACUUUAACAAUAUUUCAAAUAUAGUUGACCAUUGAUACUUGUCAUUCAAGCUAAUACAGUCCAACAAAAGUCUGUGGUUCCUAAAUAUGACAUCAGUAUUGCCAAUAAAAUGUUCUAAA